UGAAGUCAGCAGACCAAGUGAAAACAACAACAUCAGCUCGGUGUUUGUCUGAAUUAGACGGAGCCGCCCGGUGCUAACUAACGGGCCUUUCUCCCGGUGCUAACGGGUCUUUCUCCCGGUGCUAACGGGUCUUUCUACCGGCGGACGGUGAGCAGGCAGCGGGCAGAGAUGUGGAUCCAGCCGGAGGAGGUGCUGCUGGCCGGGGCGCUGUGGGUGUCUGAGCGGGCCAACCCGUUCUUCAUCCUGCAGAGGAGGAGAGGACACGGCCGAGGAGGAGGACUGUCCGGUCUCCUGGUUGGGACUCUGGAUGUGGUUCUGGACUCCAGUGCCAGAGUGGCUCCCUACAGGAUCCUGCUUCAGACCGCCGACUCUCAGAUCUACUGGAACAUCGCCUGUGGCUCGUCCAGGAAGGAGAUCACAGAACACUGGGAUUGGCUAGAGUCCAACCUGCUGCAGACCAUCUCCAUCUUCGACAACGAUGAAGACGUCACCACCUUUGUCAAAGGAAAGAUCUGUGGCAUCAUCGCAGAGGAGAACCGGCUGAAGCAGGGGGAGGAGCAGGAGGAGGAUUGUGGGAAGUUUCGGGAGGCGGAACUGAAGAUGAGGAAGCUAUUUGGGAUGCCUGACGAGGAGAAGCUGGUGAAUUAUUACUCCUGCAGCUACUGGAAGGGUCGAGUGCCGCGACAGGGCUGGCUCUACCUGUCCGUCAACCACCUGUGCUUCUACUCCUUUCUGCUGGGCAAAGAGGUGACCCUGGUGGUGCAGUGGACGGAGGUGACCCAGCUGGAGAAGAACGCCACCCUGGUGUUUCCAGAGAGUGUUCGUGUCAGCACGCGUCACACUGAACAUUUCUUUUCCAUGUUCCUUAACAUCAACGACACCUUCAAGCUGAUGGAGCAGCUCGCCAACAUCGCCAUGCGGCAGCUCCUCGACAACGAGGCGUUUACUGCCGACUGCUCGCUGCCCAAACCCUGCAAGACACUCAAGAACGUCUCUGCACUCAAGAGGGAUUUGGACGCACGGGCGAAGAACGAGCGGUACCGGACGAUGUUUCGACUGACGCAGGACGAGCGUCUGGACGGACACACAGACUGCACGCUGUGGACGCCAUUUGCUAAGAUGCACGUGGUCGGACAGCUGUUCAUCUCCAACAACUACAUCUGUUUUAACAGCAGAGAAGAAGACUUGUGUCAGCUCAUCAUCCCACUCAGAGAGGUGUCCAUUGUAGAAAAGGCGGACAGCAGCAGCGUCCUGCCUUGUCCUGUCUCCAUCAGCACCAAGAACAAGAUGAACUUCCUGUUCGCCAACCUCAAAGACAGAGACUUCCUGGUCCAACGCAUCUCCGACUUUCUGCAGCGAACGCCCGACAGCUCAUGGGGUGACACCAGCCCGCUAUCUCUGAUUGGUCAUUCGGCGUCCUCCAGCGCCCCCGCGUCCUUGUCUGCAGGGUCUGAGUCCGUCCACAGGGGGCGUCAUUACCACUCUGGUCUGCCCACAGCUAGCCAAGGUCUGCUGCAGCUCUACCACCGAGACACUCCGGAGGACCUGGGACCCAAAGCUAUGAAGGAGAAGAUGAAGGAGGAGGCGUGGAACAUCCAUUUCUCAGAGUUCGGCCGAGGUGUCUGCAUGUACCGAACCUCCAGAACCAGGGAGCUCGUCCUCAACGGGAUCCCAGAGCGCCUGAGAGGAGAGCUGUGGUUACUGUUUUCUGGAGCUCAGAACGAGAUGGCGACCCACCCUGGUUACUAUGGUGACCUGGUGGAGCAGGCCAUGGGGCUGUGUUCAUUGGCGACAGAGGAGAUCGAGCGUGACCUUCACCGUUCGAUGCCCGAGCACCGAGCCUUCCAAAAUGAGAUGGGUAUCGCUGCACUGCGUCGCGUUCUCACUGCCUACGCCCACCGAAACCCCGGGAUCGGAUACUGUCAGGCGAUGAACAUCGUCACCUCUGUCCUGCUGCUCUACUGUCCAGAGGAAGAAGCCUUCUGGCUGUUGGUGGCGCUGUGUGAGCGGAUGCUGCCCGACUACUACAACACCAGAGUCGUAGGUGCUCUGGUGGAUCAGGGGGUGUUUGAGGAGCUGACCCGAGCCUUCCUCCCGCUGCUGUACGAACACAUGCAGGAACUGGGCGUCAUCUCCACCAUCAGCCUGUCCUGGUUCCUCACACUCUUCCUGUCUGUGAUGCCCUUCGACAGCGCCGUCCUAUUGGUUGACUGCUUCUUCUACGAGGGCAUAAAGGUCAUCUUCCAGGUGGCGCUGGCUGUGCUUCAUGACAACAUGAACGCCCUGCUGUCCUGCAGUGACGAGGGAGAAGCCAUGACCAUCCUGGGCAGGUACCUGGAUAAUGUUGUGAAUAAACAGACUGUGGCUCCGCCCAUCCCUCACCUGCACGCCUUGCUGACCAGCGGAGAUGAUCCUCCACCUGAGAUCGACAUCUUCGACCUCAUCAAGGCGUCCUACGAGAAGUUCGGCAGCCUGCGCUCUGAUGUCAUCGAGCAGAUGAGGUUCAAGCAGAGGUUAAAGGUCAUUCAGUCGCUGGAAGACACGGCCAAGAGGAGCGUGGUGAGAGCGAUGAUGACGGAGUCGGCCUUCAGUAUCGAGGAGCUGGAAGAGCUGUACUGUCUCUUUAAGUCCAAACACAUGACGAGCUGUUACUGGGGCUCCAGCAGCACUGCGGCCGAGCGUCAUGACCCCAGCCUGCCGUACCUGGAGCAGUACCGCAUCGACCCGGUUCAGUUCAUCCAGCUGUUCACCGCACUCGCUCCCUGGAUCUGUGGAGGCCACACCCCCACGCUGUCAGCCCGCCUCUUCAGACUCCUGGACCAGAACCAGGACGGACUGGUCAACUUCAAAGAGUUCAUCACCGGACUGAGUGGGAUGUAUCACGGAGACAUGACGGAGAAACUCAAACUGCUGUACAAGCUCCACCUCCCUCCAGCUCUGUGUCCUGAGGAGGCGGAGUCAGCUCUGGAGGCAACACAGUUCUUCACUGAGGACGUCCUACCACCAGAAUCUUCCUUCCCUUCUGAUCUGGACAUUUUGGGGCAGCAGGAAGUGACAUCAGGUGAGGAGGGGAAGGAUGGAGGCGGAGACAGCGAGGAGAAGAAAGCCUCAGAGGAGAAGGUGAAGGACUACAGGUACUAUCUGAGGAUGUGGGCCAAAGAGAAGGAACCUAAGAGAGAGACCAUCAAAGACCUGCCCAGGAUGAACCAGGAGCAGUUCAUCGACCUGUGUAAGACUCUGUACAACAUGUUCAGCGAGGAGCCUCUGGAGCAGGAGCUCUAUCACUCCAUCGCCACCGUCGCCAGCCUGCUGCUGCGCAUCGGAGAGGUUGGUAAGAAGUUCAACAACGGCAGCAAAAAGACCGACAGUGCUGCUGCUCAGGCUCCGCCCACCCCACAGACCACUCCCACCGAACCUCAGAGUGAGGAGGGGGCCGGCGAGGGGGUGUCAGGAGAGUCUCAGGUGUGCCGCGCUCUGGCCGACGCUCAGCUGGAGCCGGAUGAGGAAACCAAAGACGACACGUCGGUGUCGUCGUACUCGGUGGUGAGCUCCGGCUCGCUGCAGUGUGAGGACAUCGCUGACGACACUGUGCUGAUUGGCAGCGGUGAGCAGAGGCGGGGCAGCGUGCUGGAUGUGGAUUGGUCGAUCACCUUUGAGCAGGUACUGGCGUCGCUGCUGACGGAGCCGCCGCUUGUUGACUACUUCGAAAGGAAGAGGGACAUCCAGAGCAAGAUGGCCGCCUGUAAGGCCCAGCGGGUGAUGGAGCGCCAGACGAGCUCCGCCUCAGACCAUGAACUCACUCAGCAUUCUGUCUGACUCACCUCCACCUGUACACCUGUCCGUCUGUACACCUGUCCAUCUGACAGACACAGAGAGGAAACGUGUCAUCAUCCUGAUUAUGUGAUGUCACAGACUAACCUGUGAUGUCAGAAAACAUGUAUUCACAGGAAGUCAUGUGACUGUACCUUUAUUAAAACUCAACGCUUCCUGCAGGUGUUUCACAGUUAAAGUCCUUCAGGGAGGAGAUAAUGGCGGGCUUUUAAUGUGAAGGGAUGGAGGAAGUGUUGAGAUGUUUUAACAGGAAACAGGAAGCAGAUCAUUGUAAACAAACAGGUCCUGACAGCUGUGUAUCAGCUGCAACAACGUCACAGCGGCCAGUAUUGUUUUCACCGCGUAAGUCUGUGUUGUAAUGGCAACAUGUUCCUGGUGGAACCUGUUGCCAUGGAAACAACACAGGAAGUUUGGAGCACUGUGUCAGCUGUCUGUCUGUCUGUCUGUCUGUGGGACAGAGUUUGUCAGUGCGACAGGGUCACAGCUGAGCAAGACGCAGUCCCAAAACUUUACAGGUGAUUAUUUGAGAUCAAAGUGAAGGCCAAGUUCAAAGAUGGCUGUGGUCUGAGCGAAGGGAAUAGGAAGUAGGGGAUAGGAAGUAUGGAAGGAGCCACUGUUCCUCCACUUCACCUCAUGGAUGUAUAAAGACACCUGGAUACAGCGUUGGAGGCGGGGCCAUGUUUAUUCCUAUGAAAGUAGCUCUGUGGCGCAUGAAGCCAGAUCUUCUUCAUCAUUGGGCCACAGAGCAGUGAUGCUCAACCUCCGGCCUGUGGGCCAAAUUUGGCCUCCGGUCACAGGUGACACAUGAGCCCUGUUUCCACCGAGUAGUGCAGUUCAUAGUUUCUGUCUCCACAGUGAAAGUUGUGGAUGGUCCCAACAGAAGCGUUCCUUAGCGUCCCCAUGUUUGGUCCCCCCUCUGUUGGGGUACCUAGCACACAGAUCUGGUACUAAAAGGUGGAGCUAGAAACCCUGCAGUCUGAUUGGUCAGUAGAGGACGGUC